UUUGGGAAAGAAAACAGGGCAAUAGCUGAGCACGCAUGAAAAGCAACUCAAAGUUAUUUCCAAGCCAGCCUGAGGAGAUGAACUGAUCCUGAAGGAAUGAGACAGUCAGGAAGGAGGAGAAGAAGAAGCCGGCUCGCCUUUAACACAGGGACAUGUUUUCCGAAGUGAGUCUGCAUUAUUUAUGUGGCUGAGGGUUCUUGGUACUCAGACAAACGAGAGAAACACUGUGGCCCAUGGUGCUAAGAUCCAGAGGGAACAAGUGACAGAAACUGCAGAGGCUGCUGGAGGAGGCAAAGGCAGUGGUAGAAGGGAAAGUUCUGCAGGAUGAACGCUCUCCAGAAGAACCAGGGGCAGACAGACCGCAUCUUGGGCGCCAUGGCAGACAUGCUGACCUCAUUGGCCAUACCCAACCACCAAUGGAUUUCAGAUAUCAACAAAGAUGGCUGCUCGAUGGAUGGAGAGAAGCAGGGAAUAGGACAGAUUGACUGGGGUCCCGUAGGAAUGGCCUGGGAGCGAAUGCCACCAGACUGUCUGGAGAAGACUGGGAAAACAGGAGCAGCAGAGUCAUAUUCUGUGGCUGGCAGCGAGGGCAGCAUCUCCACCUCGGUGGCAUCACUGCCCCCCCAGGCCUCUGGAGGUUCUGCCCCCGGCUCCCCCGGUUCCCGUCGCUCCAUCAGCACCCUCAAGAAGUGGCUCACCAACCCAGUGCGCAAGCUGAGCGCCGGGCCCGGCGGCGGGGGCGGCAAGGGUGAGCGGACGGUGUGCCGAACCGACGGUACCAAGCCCCCGCCUAGCCCGCAGACCCAGGACCCGGGCACCAUCCAUGGGCAGGAAGAUGGAGUGACGGUGCUUCCAACUGUGGAAUGGAGAGAUGAUCCCAGUCCUGCUCACCCUGAAGAUGGGACCCCACCCACCUCACCGUCUCACAGCCUGCUGUCUACACUGGCUGGCCAAGAGAAUGAGCAAUGGACCAAUCUGUUACCUGAUGAAGAGGCUUCCUUGAAGACGGACGACUCUUCCAGCCAAUCAUUAGCUGUUGCAGAGAGUGAAGAGGAAAGGAAGAGUGCCUUGGAGAAAAGCAUGUACGUCUUGAAGGAGCUAGUUGAGACAGAGAAACUAUAUGUGAUUGACCUAGGGCUCAUAGUGGAGGGUUACAUGGCCACCAUGAAUGCCAAGGGGGUACCUGAAGACAUGAAAGGGAAGGACAAGAUUGUGUUUGGGAACAUCCACCAGAUCUUCGACUGGCAUAAAGACUACUUCCUGGGGGAGCUGGAGAAGUGUGUGGUGGAGCCAGAAAGGCUGGCUCAGCUCUUCAUCAAGCACGAGCGGCGCCUUCACAUGUACGUGGUGUACUGUCAGAACAAGCCCAAGUCAGAGCACAUAGUGUCUGAGUACAUCGAGACCUACUUUGAAGAUCUGAGACAACAGCUGGGCCAGAGGCUGCAGCUGAACGACCUUCUCAUCAAACCUGUGCAGAGAAUUAUGAAGUACCAGCUACUGCUCAAGGAUUAUCUGAAGUAUUCUACCAAGGCUGGAACAGAUACCGUAGAGCUGGAGAAAGCAGUGGAGGUGAUGUGCUUUGUACCCAAAAGAUGCAACGACAUGAUGAAUGUUGGUCGGUUACAAGGAUUUGAGGGGAAGAUCACGGCUCAGGGAAAGCUGCUACAACAGGACACCUUCAUGGUCACGGAGCAAGACAGCGGUUUCUUGUCUCGCGCCAAGGAGAGACGCGUCUUCCUGUUUGAGCAGAUAGUCAUCUUCAGUGAACCGAUUGACAGGAAGAAGGGCUUUUCACUUCCAGGUUACAUCUUCAAGAAUAGCAUUAAAGUCAGCUGUCUGGGGGUGGAAGACGGGCCAGAUGGGGACCCCGCUCGCUUUGUGCUGACGUCUCGUGGAGCAGAUGGCAACACGGUUCGCUCCGUCCUGCAGGCCGUUACCCCUGAGAUCCGCAGAGCCUGGGUGAAUGACAUUGUCCAGAUACUGGAGACCCAGCGUAACUUCCUGAAUGCCCUGCAGUCACCGAUUGAGUACCAGCGCCUGGAGAAAAAGACCAGCAGCCUGGGCCGGGCCAUGCGGGACCCAAUGGCCGCCGCCGCCGCCCUUCGCCCUCACUCCUCUGCCUCCAUUGACAGACAGCGCUUUCCCAGCUUGCGGUCCUACAAUGCAUCACUGCCGUCCCUCUAUUUAUCCAGCCACAGACACUCUGAUGUGCAGGAGAUUGAGAAGUGUCGUCCACUAGCAUCCCAGCACAGCCACGGACAUUCAAAGGGCCAGUGCCUUCCUGCACAGCAGCAAAAGCAGCUCACUGAGCUUUAUGUGCUUCCUGUCUUCCCCAUGCAGUGACCAGGGACAGGUGACCACAGAGUCCCAAUAAGAAAAGUGGAGUCUCGCAUAACCACUGCCCCAGCACUUUAGUGAGGAUGCGAGCAGGUGCGGCUGUUGCGGGACAGACAGCCUGUGAGCUCUGCGGAGACCCAGGCUACAACAGCUAACAUGCUGCAUCUUGGACAGAUUACAGGAGAUCCUGUGCCCCUAUUAUCAUGUAAUGAUGUUGUUUUCAGAUUUUUCAGACCUUACUUAUUUCCUGACAUUCUGGCAAGAGUGAUAUGUAAUGGUGAAGCCAGUCCACAUGGUUUUUUAUUAUUUUUUUUUUAUUUUUAGCACGGCCAUCUGGCGUCUGCCGCUUUUCUACAGUUUUUGUUUCUCUCCAUCUGUUUUUUAAAUGGGCAUCAUGAAUUGCUGAUGGAAAACCUCAUACUGAAAUUGGGAUGUCAUUAAACAGAGGGAUCUGUGCAUGCAUGUGGGUGGGUGUUUCGCUGGGUAAUGGAAAGACCUUUUAGCACAGUAUUGCACCCACACUAUUAGCUAACGCUCUUCAGACUCAGAUUCGAGAUGCCAAUACUGUCAUCAUAUGGACCGGUGAAAAGUAAAACUCUCUCUGCAUUUGGUGACAAAGACAAUAAAUUUAUUGGAACUCACAUUUGUAAUAUAUUAAUGAUUUUGGGAUUUUUUUGGAAAAGGCAGUGGUUGAAGCUUUUUCCUCCAUUGCCAUCAUGAAUUAAGCUUGAGCAUGGAUCCAUGUGGAGAUAUGGGGGCUCCGGCACGAUUGAGAGGGAAGAGCUGGCGGUCUGUAGGCUAGAGGCCCCCUCUGGGCUCCACCUGAACCAUUGCAUCACAGAACCACAUGUGCCCACUGGGUACUUUCACCCAUAGUCUAGAAGACGGGAGGACAUGUGUUUUCAGUUUGACCAGGAAUUCUUUCUUCCAUGAUUUUUGUUUGUAAUAAAACUGGUGAGAUAAACAAACAGGCAUGUACACACCUUGGUCACUUGAUGCUGAUCAGUCUUCAGUUUCAACAUCAAACUGCCUUCUGUAAGCUCAAAGUCGUGGCGUUUUUGUAGCUUUUAGGACCGAAGUAUUAAAAAAAUUAAAUUAUGUCAAAUUAGUCUUUUGAUCCAUUCAAGUUUAAAAAAAAAGAUUAUGUGUUCAGCCAAUUAGAAUGUAAGAGUCUUUUUCAAGGACUUAAAUUGUUGUACAGGUUUGAAAUUCAGUAGCAAAUCAUUUCAUGUUUUGCAGUAAACUGGUAAAACAAUUAAAUAUUGAAAAACUAAAUCUCUGAAUUUGCUACAUAGAUGCUGCAAAACAACAUAAAUUUCGUGCCAUUACUUCCUAUAAGUAAUUUUUUUCUUUUGAGAAACUACAGUGUAGGUAGCAGUUGCUAGCAAUUUAUGCAUAAAGUGUACAGAAAUUCCUGUGAUUCAUUUGGUGAUAUAUGCAGGCAGGAACAGUACUUUUGAAUUCAUGCGGCAUAAUAAUUUUCAAAGGGAAAUAAGUGCAGAGUAUUUUCUUGUGCAUACUCAUUUUGUAUUUUUAUGGUAAACCAUUGAUUAUAGAUGAAAAGACGCAAAAAAUAUUUUGACUGUGUAGGAAUGUCCAGAAAUAUGUUCUUUUUAUGUAAUUUAAAUUGAACUAAAAGUAUGACUGAAUUCCAAGGAUCUGAAAAUGUACCAAAGCCCACAUUUCACAAAACAUAUACAGUAUACAAUUUACUAAGUGAAUGAAAGGAUGGAACUCAGUGGAAAAGUUCUCCAAACUUAAUUCACAUGAUUGUGGGCAUGCAGUUUGUUUCAGGACCAUCACUGGAAGCUUCACCAGCCUGACAGACAUUUCCCAUUGAAUUCAUAUAAAAUAGGAUGUUUUCUGAUUACUGACAAUCAUAUCUUGAGCUGGAGGUAAACUAUAUGUUAACUGCUUAAGGUUUUAAUUUGUAAAUAUAUUUUUACUGUUGUUUGGCCAUAUAAAGGCCUGAGAGAAGAUCUUUUGGUCUUAAAAUAGCUCUAUGAAACCUUGUGGGGCAUGCAAUUGUACCCUUCAGCAGGGUACUUAACCUGAAUUACUUUAAUGAGUAUCCGGCUGUCACCAUGACACUGUACUGGAUAAGUGCUGUACAAAAUGCACGGAUGCAGUAUGCCACAGUGUUAAAGGGUAAUGUAUAAAAAAUGGGGCAUGUUGCUUUUAAUUAAAAUGUUUGUUAACUAAAUAAAAAAACAAUACAUUUACGUUUA